UGCUGUCUGAAGGUAGGUAGGGCAAGUAGACUGUGGUGUGAGCAAACAUAUCCUACCACAGUAGCUGUCUCACCAGCCAGGAGCCCCAACAGUGUCAGUGCGACUCGAACGUCAGAGAACAGCGGAGAGUUUCAAAAGUCUCGUCUCCCUCCCUGCUCAGAGGAAUUUAGGCUAUGUGUGUCGUCACAGCCAAACGAAACGGUGCACUUCGACAACGUUAACAACUUGUAAAGUUGGAAAUACAGCACUGCAACGGCGUGGAAGACAUUUCUCAUAGAUGUCCACUCAAUUGGAAAGAGGCCUACAGCUAGAGAAGACCAGACUUAAUGCGCUGAAACUCGAAUUGGGUGAGGAGAUUGAUGUUGAGAGUCUUGACGGAUGCCUGCCCGAGGGGCGGCACGGCGACGCGGAGAAAGGAGCGAAGGUGGCCGAGGAGCAGACAGCGACGCAGCGCAAAAUGACCCGCAGCCCCAAAUGCGCCCGCUGUCGGAACCACGGCGUCGUGUCUUGUCUCAAAGGCCACAAACGCUUCUGUCGCUGGCGUGACUGCCAGUGCACAAACUGUAUGCUCGUGGUGGAGCGGCAGCGGGUGAUGGCUGCGCAAGUCGCCCUGCGGAGACAACAGGCGACAGAGGGUAAGAAAGUGAUCAGGGGAGCAGCCACACCAUUCCGUCGCACCGCUUAUCAGCGCUACACCAGAGCACCUAGCAUCUUAGCAAAGAGUAUCCUAGAGGGGUACAAACUCCCUAUGGUGGAGGACGGCCCCUGGUCCAAGCGACGUCACUUCCCCUCUGUCAGUGCCAGGAUGAGGAAGAGGAGGGCGUUUGCUGAUAAGGAGCUGGAGACUGUGAUGCUGGAGAGAGAGCUGAGACAGAGAGAGCUGGAGGACAUAUCAGGUCUCACCCUGCUUCACCCCCCGGCCCUGGCAGUGAUGCCUGCUUCCCCCCACCACUGCUGCCCACACAAGGACCAUGGGGCAUCCACCUACGUGCCUGUGUACAAAUACAAACCGGGCCCUGUGCUGUAUGAGUGUGACUUCCACUGCUACCAGGAAGAGCUCAAGGCCAGAUCAGCAGAAAGCGGUUAUAAUUAUGGUCAGUUCAUGUCAAAGUGUAACUCUAACUCUGGGGUUCUGGAACACAUGGAGCAAGCCAGGGAGAGAGCACUGGAGAGCUGGGAGUGCUCCAGGAAGAGGGAGAGCUGUCGAGAGCCGUUACCCGUGCCCUUACUACAACUACAACAGCGGGGGAGUAGUUAUUCUGAAGGCUCAGCUGAUCUGGACAAGGAUAAGGCCGUGCCAAAAUGGGUCAAAGACGAUCCAACCGUUCCUACGGCCAUCAUGCCAAAAAUAGCCAUCACACACUCUGACUUUCCCUCUGAACCAAAGCAUAUGUUUCAGGGAGAGGUAGAACCCUACAAACCCAGCAGGUUCCCAGAGCCUCACUUCCUCACACCCAAGGACUGGUCAGCAGGUGGGAUUAGGCAUCAUGACAGGCCUCAGAUCAACUCAAUGAAACCCACAGUGGUGAGGCGGCCAUUACCGUUCUCAGUGGAGUCAUUGCUGAGGGCCUGAGGAACUCAUGUCUAGAAGUGCAUUUUCUAUUAACAACACUGGUUACUGUAAAAUGCAUAACGAGUGAAAUAAUGUAAUUAAGAAAAUAAGUAUACCCAAAUCUAUGUCAGUAUUUAGUUUUUAAAAAUGUGCUCAGCAAAAAUGUGCUCAACAUUUUUCAAAGGAUUGUAAGAUAGUAUUUUUAGAGCACAAGAUACAUGUAUACAGUGGGAUCCAAAAUAAAUGACACCCUUGAUAAAGAUGAGCAAUAAUGACUGUUGUAUAAAGUAAAUAAUAAAGAUUCUCUGCUAUAAUGUG